AUGACAAACGAGGAUACUUUCGUUAGCAAUGAUGCAUUAAAAGGUAGUGAAUGGUUUUCAAAUCAAGUUGUAGAGAAUUUCGACUAUUUAUAUGCUGAACCAAACAAAGGGAGCUGCUUGAAAUUUCUAGGGAAUGACGAGGAACCAGGUUGUUGUGAAGAUUUUGACUGUGCGGUAUGUUGUGACGAUAGUGUUAAGUCAAUUUGGAAAUGUGUUAAUGGUUGUUACAAAGGUCAAUUAUGCUGGAUCCCUGUACUGGAAACGACAUGUCAGCUUUGCUGCAUGAUAUUUGUUAAUCUAAUAUUAGGGGGAAUUGGAACGUGUGCGGUUAGCUGCUACGAUGUUUAUGAACGUAGAAAUAAGUUUAUCAUCCUUGGAUUGGCUCAAUUUUUACUCUCUUUUGUGGGUAUUGGAUACCUCUGGGCAUUAUACAUGUCAAUCGGUGCUAUUGCCUUAUCACAGUCAUAUUAUCCAUAUUUCGACUAUAAGAAGGUCAAGGAAUUAACAACGAAUGAGAAAAACAAGGCAGGAUUGAUAUGA